AUGUCGAACCCGAGCGAUUACACAGUUGGCUGGAUCUGCGCCAUUGAUACCGAAUAUGUUGCUGCCCAAGCUGUGCUUGAUGAAAAAUACGAAGGGCCUGACACAGUUUCCACUAAUGACAAUAACACUUAUCAAUUGGGCCGAAUUGGAAAACAUAACGUUGUUAUCGCCGUUUUGCCAGAUGGAGAGUACGGCAUAUCCUCCGCUGCACGCGUGGCAGCAGAUUUAUCACACAGCUUCCCCAGUAUCAGAGUCGGGCUCUUUGUUGGUAUAGGCGGGGGUGCACCGUCUCCAAAGCAUGAUAUUCGUUUGGGGGACGUGGUGGUGAGCUCUCCGGGCCGUGGCAAUGGCAGCAGCCACGGUGAUGUAUUCCAGUACGACUUCGGAGAAACCAUUCAGGGGCAGAGCUUCCAAAUGACAGGAUUCCUAAAUCAACCUCCCUCUUUUCUACGGGCGGCGAUAACAGGCAUCAAGGCGAAAUAUGAGGAGGAAGGGCAUCAGAUUAAAGCAAAAAUCGGUGCCAUUUUUGAUACGAAACAAAGACUACGGAGAAAAUACCAACGACCCGAUCCAAGUAGCGAUAGAUUAUAUCAAAGUCACAUCUGCCACCCUAUAGACGAGGAACGAAGCUGUGUUACAUCAUGUGGAAAUAAUCCACCUUCUCUCAUCUUACGACCUGAAAGGGGUGCCCAUGAAGACGAUCCAACGAUCCAUUAUGGCCUGAUUGCUUCAGCAAACCAGCUAAUGAAGGACGCUGUGCUUCGAGACAAGCUCGCUGCAGAAAAGGACGUCAAGUGCUUUGAGACGGAAGCAGCGGGGCUGAUGAAUCACUUUCCGUGUCUCGUUAUUCGUGGAAUCUGUGAUUAUGCAGAUUCGCAUAGGAAUAAGGAGUGGCAGGGAUAUGCAGCAAUGGUAGCGGCGAUGUACACAAAGGAUCUCCUCUAUCUAAUCCGACCAAACAGAGUCCAAGCUGAGAAACAAAUUGGCGAUAUUUUAUCUGAAUAUCGAGAUAUCGCGAGAGCACAUCGUGAUGUUGCAGAGGAACACCGAGACAUUGUCAUGGUGGAUAUCCAAACUCAGGAAGAAGAACGCCGUCGACAGGAAGAAGAAAGUUGUCACCAGCUAUUCCGCCUCACACGCGAUGACAGAGAUGCCACAUACGAGUGGUAUAAAGACAGAGUGGAAAAAAGGAUUGAAAAUACUUGCCUGUGGUUCCUUGAGCACGAGCACUUCCACACGUGGUUUAGACAAGACUAUGGCCCACUGCUGGUAUCAGCAGAUCCUGGUUGCGGAAAAUCAGUGUUGGCCAGGUAUCUGGUUGACGAGGUCCUCCCAGGACCAGAGACUACCGUCUGCUACUUUUUCUUUAAAGAUCAAGACCAAAAUACCGUCCGGCAGGCUCUUUGCGCGCUGCUUCACCAACUCUUCGCCCAGAAGCCUUAUCUAAUUAAAUAUGCUGUAAAAGAAUAUCGCAAGGACGGACCGGGGUUAACCAACUCUACGAAAUCGCUCCGGCAGAUUUUACAGGAUGUUACUGAAGACCCCCAGGCAGGGUCUGUUAUAGUCGUGCUUGAUGCCCUGGAUGAAUGCAAAGAAUCCGAGUUGCCGGAUUUGAUACGCUUUGUGGAGAGCCAAUUCCGCAGCGAUCAGUGUGGGAAGCUUAAAUAUCUUCUUACAUGUCGUCCAUACGAGGCGAUCAUGUCUAAGUUCUAUAACCUGGAGGGUGUCUUCCCGGAAAUCCAUAUACCAGGAGAAGAAGAGUCAGAAGCUAUUAGCCACGAGAUAGAUCAUGUGAUUCAGCAUCGGCUUAGCCAGCUAUCAAAAACCAAGAGCCUCUCUGCCGAUAUUACGGAGUAUUUGAAAACAAGGCUACAAGAGACUCCCCAUCGUACUUAUCUAUGGGUAUAUCUAAUAUUCAACUAUCUGGAAGAGGAAGACUUCAAAAAGACCUUGAAAGGAGUAGAAUCGACUCUUAUAACACUUCCAGGGAGUGUUAACGAAGCAUACGAGCGUAUCCUUAGCAAAUCUAAGGAAGAUCCGAUGGUCCGGAAAGCUUUGACAAUUAUCUUUGGAGCGGAUGAGCCGCUAUCUGUGGCGGAGAUGAAUGAAGCUAUGAAUCUUGACGUCUCAUUACGAACUAUUGACCGUGAAAAGAAAGAGGAUUUUAAAUCCCGUCUUAGAUCUUGGUGUGGGUUUUUCAUCUCAAUUCACCAGGACAAGGUUUAUUUCAUCCAUCAAACUGCUCGAGAAUUUCUUCAACAAUCGUCUUCACCUGCAAUUCCGGUCUCACCUGAACGCUGGCAACACUCCAUAAGUGCCCACCAGGCUCAAGUGGUACUUGCCGAGAUUUGUCAAGCUUACCUCCUACAUAUGUAUGAGAUGUUGAAACGUGAUGGUCCAUUUACUUAUGUAUUGGAAUUUUAUAUAUACCAAUUCGACUAUGAAUUUCUAGCCUACGCGUCGCAUGCUGGUUCUCACCACAUUCAAGAAUCUAGAACUCUGGAUGCAGCAGCACUUCCAGGAUCAGCACUUCAAGUUGCCACACCUAUGGAGGUAUCUGAGAAACUGAAUGCGCUAGCUACAAUGCUAGUAGACUACCACCUUAGCGCGUUUACCCUCCAGUUUGCGUUGGAUAUAGGUAGAGUAGCUAUCUACUCAAUGCCUCAAGACCACCCCUGCCGGGCCGCCAUGUUGAGCAACUAUGACAAUCGUCAAUACCCAAGCAUCGGUCCGACAGAACAACUAGAUUCAGUUUUCAACGAAUCAAGGGAAGUGCUUGAGACCGCCCCGGAAAAUCACCCAGACCGGGAGAAAGUUUUACGAUGCCUUGCAGAUCAUCUAAGAGAGAGGCCAUUACGCACUACCUACUUAAGCAACUAUUUUCAAGCGAUAAUUGUGCUAGGAGAGAUUAUUUGCACUACACCGCUGGAUCACCCAGAUCGGGUAAUACUCUUAAACAGCCUUGGAGAUUGUUUAGGCUCGCCUUACGUAGUAUCGCACCGAAGACCUGGGUAUGACCUUGAUCAAACCGUGGGGAUACUAUGGAAGUGUAUUUGCAUUAUACCGCUAGAUCACCCACAUAGGCUUAUAAUCUUGGAGAAUGUCUGGUUGACUCUUAGACAGGACAUUCUUCCAGUUCCGAGCCCAUCGCUAGAUUUCAGCCCAUCGCUAGAUUCGAGCCCAUCGCUAGAUUCGAGCCCAUCGCUAGAUUAG